AUGUCACAAGUCAUGUUUGAAAAAUUUUGUGUGCCAGCUCUGUAUGUUGCUAAUAGAGCUGUCUUGGCAUUGUACGCUUCUGGAAAAAGUACUGGAAUGAUUGUGAAUUCUGGAGAUUCUGUCACUCAUGCCGUUCCUAUUUAUGAAGGUCAUACUCUGCCACAUGCCAUUUUGAAAAUGGAAAUGAAAAUGUUAACAGAAAGAGGAUACACUUUCACUAACACUGCUGAAAGAGAAAUAGAUCGUAAAGAAAAGCUCUGUUACCUUGCUCUCUAUUUUCAAGAGGAAAUGAAUUCGGUUGUAAGAGAGGAACCAACCAUUGAUAGAAAAUUGUAUGAUAUACCAAAGGGUAAUGUUGUCACUCUUGGGAAUGAAAGAUUCAGAUGA